AUGAAGACGUUCGCCGCGCUUGUGUGCGCUGCCGUGGCCGUGUCGGCCGUUUCGGCACUCGAAGACCUGCCCGUAUCGCUAUGCCGCGAUGCCACCUACAACUCGCCUGCCUCGCGCGGUGCCAUGUGCUCCGGUGCUGGAGCGGCACCGGCCGGCACGACCUGCCCCCUCAAGGGCGACGUGGCUAUUGCUGACUGCUACGACUACCUGCCGUCCUGGAACGGCAGUGCCUGUGUGGCUCCAGAGGAUGCCGAGUGCACCAUCGUUAACGGCGACACCUGGGGCUGCGUGCUCCCAUCCGUCGGAUGCGGCACUGCCACUACACCGUGCCCGGUAACGUCGCUGCCCGACACUCCUUGCCCGGUGACGUCACUGCCUGAUACUCCUUGCCCAGUGACUUCGCUGCCUGACACUCCCUGCUCGGUGACAUCGCUGCCCGACACUCCCUGCCCGGUGACGUCGCUGCCCGACACCCCUUGCCCGGUGACGUCGCUGCCCGACACUCCUUGCCCGUUGACGUCGCUGCCCGACACUCCUUGCCCGGUUACGUCGCUGCCCGAAACUCCUUGCCCGGUUAUGUCUCUACCUGACACUCCAUGCCCGGUGACCUCUCUUCCGGACACUCCGUGCCCAGUCACCGCCCUGCUGGACACGCCUUGCCCAGUCACCUCGUUGCCCGACACUCCAUGCCCGGUGACUUCGUUGCCGGACACGCCUUGCCCGGUGACUUCGCUACCUGACACUCCGUGCCCGAUCACCUCGAAGCCAGACGCGGAAACCACACCAUGUCCUGUUACAUCAAAGCCGGACACUGUCGCUCCAACGCCGUGCCCGGUGACCUCGUUGCCGGACACUGCCGCUCCAACGCCCUGCCCGGUGACUUCGCUGCCGGAGACUACCGCCCCAACGCCGUGCCCGGUGACUUCGCUGCCGGAGACUUCGCUGCCGGAGACCUCAGCUCCGACCCCUGCCGCCACCACGCCCUGCCCGGUGACAUCGCUACCCGAGACGGAAGCUCCUACCUCGACCCCUGCUGCUACCACGCCCUGCCCGGUGACUUCGCUGCCGGAGACGACAGCUCCGACCCCAGCGGCAACUACCCCGUGCCCGGCGACUUCGCUGCCCGAGACGGAGGCUCCUACAGCGACCCCAGCGGCAACUACCCCGUGCCCGGUGACGUCGCUGCCAGAGACGACCCCUGCGGCUACGACGCCGUGCCCCGUGACGGCUAAGCCGUAG